CGACGGGCCGGCGCGAUGAGGCUGGGCCCGAGGCCCGCGGCGCUGGGGCUGCUGCUUGUGUGCGUCGCGGCGGCCGGCGCCGGCCACGCCGAGGAGCUGCACUACCCGCAGGGCGAGCACCGCACCGACUACGACCGCGAGGUGCUGCUGGGCGGCCAGGAUGAAGUCGAUGAAUAUGUUAAACUCAACCCCGAAGAACAGCAGCAAAGACUGAAGUCAAUCAUAAAGAAAAUUGACUUGGACUCAGAUGGCUUUCUCACCGAAAGUGAACUCAGUUCUUGGAUUCAGAUGUCUUUUAAACAUUAUGCUAUGCAAGAAGCAAAACAGCAGUUUGUCGAAUACGAUAAAAACAGUGAUGGCGUUGUGACUUGGGAUGAAUACAACAUUCAAAUGUAUGAUCGUGUGAUCGAUUUUGAUGAGAACACUGCUCUAGAUGAUGCAGAAGAGGAGUCUUUUAGGCAGCUUCAUUUAAAGGACAAGAUGCGAUUUGAAAAAGCUAACCAGGAUUCAGGCCCUGGUUUGAGUCUUGAAGAAUUUAUUGCUUUUGAGCAUCCUGAAGAAGUAGAUUAUAUGACGGAAUUUGUCAUUCAAGAGGCUUUAGAAGAACAUGACAAAAAUGGUGAUGGAUUUGUUAGUUUGGAAGAAUUUCUUGGUGAUUACAGGCGGGAUCCAACUGCAACUGAAGAUCCAGAAUGGAUACUUGUUGAGAAAGACAGAUUCGUGAAUGAUUAUGACAAAGAUAGCGAUGGUAGGCUUGAUCCCCUAGAGCUGUUAUCUUGGGUAGUGCCCAAUAAUCAGGGCAUUGCGCAAGAGGAGGCUCUUCAUCUAAUUGACGAAAUGGAUUUGAAUGGUGACAGAAAGCUCUCUGAAGAAGAGAUCCUAGAAAAUCGGGACUUGUUUCUUAGCAGUGAAGCCACAGAUUAUGGCAGACAGCUCCAUGAUGAAUAUUUCUAUCAUGAUGAGCUGUAAUCCCUGAGUGUGUUUGAGCAGAGUACUGACUCCUUUUAUCAUUUGUUACCAGCUUUACCUUUGUGAUAAAAUAUUGACGUUAUAUUUUACACACUAAGUCUUACCACAGUUGAAAUUAUCUUACUGUAAAUUAUAAUUUUGGCCUUUUAGAAGAAAAACAAAAACCUGAUACUUAUUUCAAAACGUCUUUGAAGAGAUAAACAUGAAUGUUGUGCCAUAUGACAAUAAAUUCUUUCCUAAAUACUCCAUCUGUUUAGGACUGUGUUGUGGAAUAUUCGAGUGGUAUUUCCAUACUUGAAAAAAAUGGAGACUUUUAGAGAUGCCUCAACAAUAUUAUUUAAGUAGUACGUGACUGAGCUAUCAAGUUUUGUUUUGUUGUAAGUAGAUUUAAUUUGGGAACGGACAGAAAGGACAGUGUUUUUAAAUUUAGCAUCUUGUUUUAAAACCUUUAAAGGAACCUUUAGAAGGACUUAUACCUCCCAUGUGAAUGUUGAGAAGUUCUGCUUAGUUUUAAAAUGGUUUCUAUAAAGGAUUUUAUGGUAUGAAUAGAACUUUAUAUUUUUGCAUACGUAUAGAUAGUAACUAUUUAAUGUAUAACAAUAGCAUUAUGGUGUGUGGAAUUUGACAUUGUCCAGAACUGUUUUCAUUUUUGACUGAUUAAAAAUGAAAUGUCCUGUCUUUUUAUAUAUUUGUUUUCCUAGCCUUCCAGAUAAACCUUGAGUUUAGCACAGGCUUGGUCAUUUUGUAUAUUAUCUUGCCUAAUUCUUUUCUGUAGUAAAUGUUUUCAAAACUGUUUAAA